AUGAUGCCCCAGCAUCCUUUCCCCUCUGCCUUCUCAUCGCCGGCGGUUACCCCUUCUCCAACAAAGGAAAAGCAGUUCAACGCGUUUCCUUCCCUGCAUCUCCAGGCUCCGCAAGACGCCUCGUCAUCGUCCAACAACGCCGGUCCAAGCCGCUCGCAGCCUGGCGACACACGCGACGAUGCAGCCAGCGUCAAACCGUCACAAGCAAACGACCCUUGCACAACACGCUCCUAUAAGGCUUCCGCAUCGAAGCGGCUGUCCCGUCCAAGGCUUAGCAGUCUUCAGAGCCUUAACUCGGUUCCUGCAUCUCCUUCGCUAACAGAGCAAGACAGCGGCCGUGCUUUCAUCUCGUCGACCCGCUUUCACACGUCGCAUCCCAGCUUGAGCCUGAGUAGAGCCUCUUCGCGCAACGCCGUUGAGACCCUGCAGCCGCUGGCAGAGUCGAGCUCCAGCAUGGGCAAACUCAAAGCUGCGACUCUCCACCAGUACGAUCCGGAUGCACCGCCCAGAUCGCCGUACGGUGCUCCUCGCCAAUGGCCCUCUGCUCAACCUACGACCGCUGGCUUGCCACCAAGAGCAAGGCGCAGCUCCACCAGCCCAACGCUCGAUUCGGCUCUGAGCGAGUUUGGUCAGAUGGGCGCACCCUUCACCGAGAACAGCCGCCACAGCGAACGAACCGACGUUUCAGCAAGGCUGUUUAACUUGCAGUCCAACACAGGCGCUUUUCUUCGGCGCAGCCAUACCAUCACGCAUGGAGUCGGCACUCUGGCGGAGCCGCAGCCGCAGCCGCAGCCGCCGCCGUCGUCGUCGUCGUCCUGCGUGGUCAUGACCUACGGCCCAAGCAGCGGCAGGAACGCUCCCCGGCCCACGCAGCGCCGACAGACGGUGUCAAGCGUGUCGAAUGUGUCGAACGUGUCGCCUGAUACCGCCAGCCGGCUCGCAGCCGGUCAGCUUCAUAGGGCCGCUGGCGCUGUUUCGCCUGCGCCGAGCUGCACCUUGUCGUACACGCAACCGUCUCCCAACGCAGCCGCGUCAGGCAGCUCGCUCUCGGUUUCAUCGCCGCCGUCACGCCUGCGUGAACGUGGCACGCUGCCAAACAAUCAGCUCGAGGCCAAGGUGGUCAUCCUCGGCUCUCAGGGUGUGGGCAAGACCUCGCUCGUGCACCGUUAUACCUCGGGCCAGUUCUCGAUUGCAUCGACGCCUUCGACCAUUGGCGCUAGCUUUUUGACCAAAAAGCUCAUUGUUGAUGGCGUCAAAGUGCGCUUGCAGCUCUGGGAUACUGCAGGUCAGGAACGCUUCCGAAGCAUGGCGCCCAUGUACUAUCGUGGCAGCCACGCCGCGGUGAUUGUCUACGAUAUCACGUCCAUGUCGAGCUUCAUGGACAUCCGGACCUGGAUCGAAGAGCUCAAGAAGAACAUGACGACGGAUCUGGUGAUUCAUAUUGUUGGCGCCAAGCUCGAUCUGGCGCGGUCGCAGAGGCAGGUUGAGCUCGAAUUUGCACGCGAUACCGUUCGAAGCUGGCUUGAGCUGUAUCAGAUGCAAGCACCACUAGGUUUUUCGACGAGUGGCUCAAACGAUUCAGAUGGCAGUCCUGGCUCGCCCACUCGCGCUUCGUCGCGAUUGAGCGGACUGGGUUCUUUGGCGAUCGGCUCGGCUUCGCGACUAAAUGCUUUUCAACGCGGUAGCGGUACGCAUGCUUUCAACACCACCGGCAUCGUGCCUGCAGCACCGCCAGCAGCAGCUUGCGCACUGAAACCGAGCAGCUUUGGCAGCAGUAACGCGUCGAGCGGAUCAGCAGGCAGCGACGCAGGUCGUGCCGACACCACGCUGGAUCCCGACUCGACGCUCUCUUGGGACACGGUCGAGGUCUCGGAAGUAUCGGCCAAGGACGACCGCGGUAUCGAAGAAGUGUUUUUGGCCGUCACCAAAAAACUCGUCCAACGUCGAUCGCAAAUCGAAUCCGAACGCGCGCAUCGUGAACGGAACAGCAUCUUCCUAUCGUCCACCGACGCCGAUCCGUCGGCUUGCAGUACGCAGCCGAUCAUCGUCACAAAUAGCUGGUCUUGCUGUGCUUGA